CCUGGCAAACCUUCUUCUUAAUUGUUCGAUUCCACUGUCCCAAUAGCCGUCUGUCCUUUUCUGCCCCUAGUUUUAGUGUCCAGCCCCUAGUUGGUAACUUGGUGGCUCCUUCAGGCCUGCUAACUUUUUUUUUUUUUUCCACCAAGACUGGAAUGAGAUACUUAAGAAUAGUGGCUUUAACGACAGUUACCAACUUUUAAUACAAAUGCAGUCGAGAGGGCAAAUACUCAAGUUUGGGGGCGGAUAGCAGCGAGUCAAAUAGGUCCGAGAGGCCCCGGCGGGCUACCGCAGGCCAGCAGGGAGGCCGUGGGCAGGUGGCGGUCGAGGCCGGAGGCAGGAAGCGCGGCCGGGCGGGGCUGGGCGGAGCGGCCGCGGCGGAGCAGGGGCCGCAGGCGCCCCGCCCGGACUGGUAUGCGGCCGAGAGUGACGCGGGAGGCGGGGUCACGUGACGCCCGUGGAAUGCCAACAAUGUAGCGAAUGUCCCACUUGGGUCUGCGCUUUGGAACCGCGGCGUGAGCGCUCCGGGAAGAUGGAGCAGUCGCCGUCCACGCCACCGCCGCCGCCCGGGGCUCCCCCGUCCCUGCGGGGCCAGCAGCAGCUCCAGCCACCAGUGCCCGGUCUCCCGGCGCGCGAGGCCCGGGAGCCGCGGGCCAGGACGCCCCCGAGGGUGUAGACCGCGCCCCUGGAGAGAGUGAUGAUCUUCAAAAUGAAGACUUUGGGAAAUUUUAGGUUCUCUAUAGGAACUACAAAAAUGGAAGGAAAGAACAUUUUCAAAAGGAAAUUAUUUUGAAAUUAUGUUUACAACAAACUGAUACUAUUGACUUUUUUUUUUUUAAAUAAUAAAACACUUUAAGAAGAUUGUAUUUAUGGUAAAAGGAAACUGGACUAACAAUGAGGCCAAAGACUUUUCCUGCCACGACUUAUUCUGGAAAUAGCCGGCAGCGACUGCAGGAGAUUCGUGAGGGGUUAAAGCAGCCAUCCAAGUCUUCGGCUCAGGGGCUACCCGCGGGACCAAACAGUGACACUUCCCUGGAUGCCAAAGUCCUGGGGAGCAAAGAUGCCACCAGGCAGCAGCAGCAGAUGAGAGCCACCCCGAAGUUCGGACCUUAUCAGAAAGCCUUGAGGGAAAUCAGAUAUUCCUUGUUGCCUUUUGCUAAUGAAUCGGGCACCUCUGCAGCUGCAGAAGUGAACCGGCAAAUGCUGCAGGAACUGGUGAACGCAGGAUGCGACCAGGAGAUGGCUGGCCGAGCUCUCAAGCAGACCGGCAGCAGGAGCAUCGAGGCCGCCCUCGAGUACAUCAGCAAGAUGGGCUACCUGGACCCGAGGAAUGAGCAGAUCGUGCGGGUCAUUAAGCAGACCUCCCCAGGAAAGGGGCUCAUGCCAACCCCAGUGACGCGGAGGCCCAGCUUUGAAGGAACCGGCGAUUCGUUUGCGUCCUACCACCAGCUGAGCGGUGCCCCCUAUGAGGGCCCAAGCUUCGGCGCCGACGGCCCCACGGCGCUGGAGGAGGUGCCGCGGCCAUACGUGGACUACCUCUUCCCCGGAGUCGGCCCCCACGGGCCCGGCCACCAGCACCAGCACCCACCCAAGGGCUACGGUGCCAGCGUAGAGGCAGCAGGGGCACACUUCCCGCUGCAGGGCGCGCACUAUGGCCGGCCACACCUGCUGGUGCCUGGGGAACCCCUGGGCUACGGAGUGCAGCGCAGCCCCUCCUUCCAGAGCAAGACGCCGCCGGAGACCGGGGGCUACGCCAGCCUGCCCGCGAAGGGCCAGGGAGGACCGCCAGGUGCCGGCCUCGCUUUCCCACCACCUGCCGCCGGGCUCUACGUGCCGCACCCACACCACAAGCAGGCCGGCCCCGCGGCCCACCAGCUGCAUGUGCUGGGCUCCCGCAGCCAGGUGUUCGCCAGCGACAGCCCCCCGCAGAGCCUGCUCACUCCCUCGCGGAACAGCCUCAACGUGGACCUGUAUGAAUUGAGCAGCACCUCCGUCCAGCAGUGGCCCGCUGCCACCCUGGCCCGCCGGGACUCCCUGCAGAAGCCGGGCCUGGAGGCGCCGCCGCGCGCGCACGCGGCCUUCCGGCCUGACUGCCCAGUGCCCAGCAGGACCAACUCCUUCAACAGCCACCAGCCGCGGCCGGGUGCGCCCGGCAAGGCCGAGACCUCCCUGCCCGCCCCCAACACCGUGACGGCUGUCACGGCCGCGCACAUCCUGCACCCGGUGAAGAGCGUGCGUGUGCUGAGGCCGGAGCCGCAGACGGCUGUGGGGCCCUCGCACCCCGCCUGGGUGCCCGCGCCUGCCCCGGCCCCCGCCCCGGCCGCGGAGGGCCUGGACGCCAAGGAGGAGCAUGCCCUGGCGCUGGGCGGCGCAGGCGCCUACCCGCUGGACGUGGAGUACGGAGGCCCAGACCGGAGGUGCCCGCCUCCGCCCUACCCGAAGCACCUGCUGCUGCGCAGCAAGUCCGAGCAGUACGACCUGGACAGCCUGUGCGCGGGCAUGGAGCAGAGCCUCCGUGCGGGCCCCAGCGAUCCCGAGGGCGGUGACAAGAGCCGUAAAAGCGCCAAGGGGGACAAAGGCGGAAAGGAUAAAAAGCAGAUUCAGACCUCUCCCGUUCCCGUCCGCAAAAACAGCAGAGACGAAGAGAAGAGAGAGUCACGCAUCAAGAGCUACUCGCCAUACGCCUUUAAGUUCUUCAUGGAGCAGCAUGUGGAGAAUGUCAUCAAAACCUACCAGCAGAAGGUUAACCGGAGGCUGCAGCUGGAGCAAGAAAUGGCCAAAGCUGGACUCUGUGAAGCUGAGCAGGAGCAGAUGCGGAAGAUCCUCUACCAGAAAGAGUCUAAUUACAACAGGUUAAAGAGGGCCAAGAUGGACAAGUCUAUGUUUGUCAAAAUCAAAACCCUGGGGAUCGGUGCCUUUGGAGAAGUGUGCCUUGCUUGUAAGGUGGACACUCACGCCCUGUACGCCAUGAAGACCCUAAGGAAAAAGGAUGUCCUGAACCGGAAUCAGGUGGCCCACGUCAAGGCCGAGAGGGACAUCCUGGCCGAGGCAGACAAUGAGUGGGUGGUCAAACUCUACUACUCCUUCCAAGACAAAGACAGCCUGUACUUUGUGAUGGACUACAUCCCUGGUGGGGACAUGAUGAGCCUGCUGAUCCGGAUGGAGGUCUUCCCCGAGCACCUGGCCCGGUUCUACAUCGCAGAGCUGACUUUGGCCAUUGAGAGUGUCCACAAGAUGGGCUUCAUCCACCGAGACAUCAAGCCUGAUAACAUUUUGAUAGAUCUGGAUGGUCACAUUAAACUCACAGAUUUCGGCCUCUGCACUGGGUUCAGGUGGACUCACAAUUCCAAAUAUUACCAGAAAGGGAGCCAUGUCAGACAGGACAGCAUGGAGCCCAGCGACCUCUGGGACGAUGUGUCUAACUGUCGGUGUGGGGACAGGCUGAAGACCCUAGAGCAGAGGGCGCGGAAGCAGCACCAGAGGUGCCUGGCACAUUCACUGGUGGGGACUCCAAACUACAUCGCACCCGAGGUGCUCCUCCGCAAAGGGUACACUCAGCUCUGUGACUGGUGGAGUGUUGGAGUGAUUCUCUUCGAGAUGCUGGUGGGGCAGCCGCCCUUUUUGGCACCUACUCCCACAGAAACCCAGCUGAAGGUGAUCAACUGGGAGAACACGCUCCACAUUCCAGCCCAGGUGAAGCUGAGCCCUGAGGCCAGGGACCUCAUCACGAAGCUGUGCUGCUCCGCAGACCACCGCCUGGGGCGGAAUGGGGCGGAUGACCUGAAGGCCCACCCCUUCUUCAGCACCAUUGACUUCUCCAGUGACAUCCGGAAGCAGCCAGCCCCCUACGUUCCCACCAUCAGCCACCCCAUGGACACCUCGAAUUUCGACCCUGUAGAUGAAGAAAGCCCUUGGAACGAUGCCAGCGAAGGUAGCACCAAGGCCUGGGACACACUCACCUCGCCCAGUAACAAGCAUCCAGAGCACGCAUUUUACGAGUUCACCUUCCGAAGGUUCUUUGAUGACAAUGGCUACCCCUUUCGAUGCCCAAAGCCUUCAGGAGCAGAAGCUUCACAGGCUGAGAACUCAGAUUUAGAAACCUCUGAUCUGGUGGAUCAGACUGAAGGCUGCCAGCCUGUGUACGUGUAGAUGGGGGCCAGGCACCCCCACCACUCGCUGCUCCCAGGUCAGGGUCCCGGAGCCGGUGCCCUCACAGGCCAAUAGGGAAGCCGAGGGCUGUUUUGUUUUAAAUUAGUCCGUCGAUUACUUCACUUGAAAUUCUGGUCUUCACCAAGAAAACCCAAAUAAGACACUUUUGAAAACAGGACUCAGCGUUGCUUUCAAUAGGCUUUUCAGGACCUUCACUGCAUUAAAACAAUAUUUUUGAAAAUUUAGUACAGUUUAGAAAGAGCACUUAUUUUGUUUAUAUCCAUUUUUUCUUACUAAAUUAUAGGGAUUAACUUUGACAAAUCAUGCUGCUGUUAUUUUCUACAUUUGUAUUUUAUCCAUAGCACUUAUUCACGUUUAGGAAAAGACAAAAACUGAAGAACAUUUGAUGAGAAAUCUCUGUGCAAUAAUGUAAAAAAAAAAAAGAUAACACUCUGCUCAAUGUCACGGAGACCAUUUUAUCCACACAAUGGUUUUUUUUUUUUUUCCCACAUUUCAAAAUUGUGAUAUAAUGAUACAAUGUUAAAAGCUGCUUUUUUUUGGCUUUUUGCAUAUCUAGUAUAAUAGGAAGUGUGAGCAAGGUGAUGAUGUGGCUGUGAUUUCCGACAUCUGGUGUGUGGAGAGUACUGCAUGAGCAGAGUUUUUCUAUUAUAAAAUUACCGUAUCUUGCCAUUCACAGCAGGUCCUGUGAAUAUGUUUUUACUGAGUGUCUUUAAAUGAGGUGUUCUAGACAGUGUGCUGAUAAUGUAUUGUGCGGGUGACCUCUUCGCUAUGAUUGUAUCUCUUACUGUUUUGUUAAAGAAAUGCAGAUGUGUAACUGAGAAGUGAUUUGUGUGUGUGUCUUGGGUGUGAUUGGAUUCUUUGUGUUGGGGGUGGGGGGACUGAAACAUUUGUCACAUACUGAACUUAUGUACAUCAAAAGGGAUUAAUACAGCUAUGCCAAAAAAGUUUAAUCACGGACACACGUCCAUUUCUCUAGUCCGUAUGCUCUUUCAUUCUUGGUAGAGCUGGUAUGUGGAAUGCCAUACCUCUGACCCUACUGCUUACCUUUUUACUGACAGACUGCCCACACUGAAAGCUUCAGUGAACGUUCUUAGUCCUGUUUUCUUCUGUUACCGUCAGGAAACUGAGUGAUCUAAUGGUUCUCUCACUUUUUUUUUGUUCUUUUAGUGUGCUUUGAAGUGUCAAAUCUUAACUUGGUUUAAACAAUACAUAUUUCUAACCUUUGUAAGAAAGCAAAGAUUCUUCAAAAUGACAUUGGGAUAAAAAGUAAGCCAUACGUAUUUUCUUAGAAGUAUAGAUGUAUGUGCGUGUACACACACACACACAGAUAAACACAAUAUUCAUUAUUUCAAAUUAGUAUGAUUCCUAUUUAAAGUGAUUUAUAUUUGAGUAAAAAGUUCGAUUCUUUUUUGCUUUUUAAAAAAUCUGAUGCUUCAUAAUUUUCAUUAUAUUAUUCCACAUAUUUUUCCUUGAAGUUCUUAGCAUAAUGUAUCCAUUACUUAGUAUAUAUCUAGGCAACAACACUUAGAAGUUUAUCAAUGUUUAAACUAAAAAAAUAAAGAUUCCUGUGUACUGGUUUACAUUUGUGUGAGUGGCAUACUCUGAAGUCUGCUGUGCCUGUCGUCGUGACUGUCAGUAUUCUCGCUAUUUUAUAGUCGUGCCAUGUUGUUACUCACAGCGCUCUGACAUACUUUCAUGUGCUAGGUUCUUUCUCAGGAACUCAGUUUAACUAUUAUUUAUUGAUAUAUCAUUGCCUUUGAAAAGCUUCUACUGGCACAAUUUAUUAUUAAAAUUUUGAAUCCAAA